UCAGAUUUUGCACUCUGUUCUCUACUAAUGGCUGGCCAGUUAAGCACAUCGUUUUACUGGGCUAGGCUGAAUGGACUGGCUAUGGAAUUCAUGCUGUUGCUAACUGUUGGAAUCUUACCAGCUGUAAUAUGUGAUAAUAUGAUAGAAGUUCGGCGUUGCAGCACUGAUGAGGUCAUUGAAGGAGGAAGUAUUGAAUGGCCAGAGAAUCCAGUCGAAGGCAGCGUGAUGACUUAUAUUUGCCCUGUCGGGUUCCGACCCUAUCCAGUCAGUUGGAGAUACUGCACCAAGUUUGGGAGUUGGAGUGUCCUCAGAAAUAUUUAUCGUGAAACAGCACACGAAGCGAAAUGCAAAGAAAUGAGAUGCCUCAGACCGGAGCGUUUUGAAUUUGGAAGAUUUGACCCUGUGAAGACUGUAUACAAAGUCAAUGAUUCCAUCACGUUUCAGUGCUAUGAUGGAUACCUGCUGAUUGGCUCAGCUACAAGCACUUGUUUACCGAAUGGGCAGUGGAGUGGGAAUUUGCCAAGAUGUAACACUGAAGGCAUGUUCUGCUCCAACCCUGGAAUCCCUUUUGGUGGAAGGAAGGAAGGGACGAAUUAUGGUAUUCUUUCAACGGUCCGGUAUAAAUGUGGCACGCACAUUCUACGUGGUUCACCACAGCGUACAUGCUUAGAAACCGGUCAAUGGUCUGGAAUACAGCCUCGGUGUGAAAGCAAAGACGCUUUUGAUAAUGUGGAGGAUCUGGCAGAGGUAUUGGACAUCUUGCAGUCAACAAUACGCAACAGAGAUCUGAACUCAGGGGCACAAAUCCCUGGUCAGAAGAGAAAGGUUGAUGUCUUCUUUGUCAUUGAUGCUUCAAGGACUGUUGGAAAUGAAAACUUUGUGAGGUCUUUUAAAUUUGUCAAGAAUUUUGUUAAUGGGGUAUCAGAUAUAAAUGAGUUGGUCCGAUUUGAAGUGAUCACAUCUGGAUCAUAUCCUGUCGUGAUUACAAACAUCCAGGAAAACCUCACUCCGAAGGCCGUGAUGGAAAGAAUAUCACAGGUGGAAUACAGAGACUAUUACAAUAAUAGUGGGAGAAACACAGGUUCAGCAAUGCAGGUGGUCUACUCCUCCAUCAACAGAACUUUCAAUCUUCAUGCUGGAAAUAGUCAAGCCAUUCCAAAACAGGUCAUCAUUAUAAUCACAGCAGGGCGGUACAAUGGAGCAUCGGCGCCUUACAUUGUCACAAAGAAAAUUUCAAAUCUGUUCUCCCACUUGCCAGAUCAUCUAGAUAUCUUUGCAAUUGGAAUUGGUGAAGUAUUGAAAGACUACCUUGAACAUUUGGUACCUAUGAUGGUGACAGCAAGGAAAUAUUACCAGCAUGUCUUCUACCUACCAACCUACCAUUAUUUGGAAAAAGCACAAGAAAUGCAGAGAAAGUAUGGUAACAGAGGGCUGUCAGAUUGUGGUAUCCGAGGGAACGUUAUACAGAGACCUGUUUCGAGAAUCUUUGGUGGUAUGAAAUCAAAAGAAUAUGAUUGGCCAUGGCAUGUCCUCAUUAAUUUACCAAACAAAAAAUUUUGUGGUGGGUCAAUUAUCUCGAAACGCUGGAUCCUCUCUGCUGCACAUUGUUUUAACAUCACUCAGGGAAUGGCUGAUGACUUGACUAUACAGGCUGGCUCAGUCAGCAGAAAGAAAAUUUUGCAAGAAAUACUUGUGGAAGAAGUGAUUAUCCAUGAAAAUUUUAGCAGCCCCUCAGAGAUGAACAACGACAUAGCCCUCUUGAAGACUAAAGAUCCCAUCAUAUUUGAUUCUCACGUGAGACCAGUCUGUCUACCAUGCACAAAGAAAACUGCAGAGAUCCUUUCCUCAGCAGCUGGUAGCUGGGAUGAAGCCUGUCAUUACGAAGAUGGUCUAUUGACAAGUCACAGUGGGACAAUUCAAAAGAUAAUAUCAGGUUACAUCACUGGAUGGGGAUACUAUAAGAAACAUGGACGUAUAUCAUCUUUUGACUUAAACCACGCACAAGUGGACAUUCAGCAUUUUCGAAGCUGUGACUCACCAUACCCAUUCACUGAAAACAUGUUCUGUGCUAAAGGAGCUGCAGCAGACAGCUGUACAGGAGAUUCUGGAGGACCCUUCGUCACAGAGAGAAACCAGAGAUGGAUCCAGGUUGGAAUCAUCAGUUUUGGAAGAACAGAUGUCUGUGGAUUGAACUUCAUGGGGUUUUAUAGCAAUGUGCCCAAACUGAUGAACUGGAUUAAAGAGAAAGUCACAGACUUGGAGUAUGAAUAAACAAUCAACAUCACAAGGACAGACUGAAUAUACCAUGGAAAGCAGAGAGUAUAAACCUUCCUGACAAAAGACUGUGUACUUCGGAUGUGCCACCCAAUGUAGACCUUUUAAAGCAUUGUGUGUUAAAUACUUAACAGCAUAAAGAUUGCUGAUGUUAAUUAUGAACAGAUAGGCAACAUAUUUAUAGAACUAUUUAUCCUCUGUUUUAACUCAAACAUAUUUAGUGUGUUUUAAGCAAGUGGAUAUUUCCAGAAAGACACCAGACAGAGGAGUGUUGUACAUUAUGUUUUGACUAGCAAUAAACCUGAAAAAAAGCUUCACAUGAGAUUACAUCUUGCAGCAAAACUCAAAUACUCCCAGGAGAUUGAUGAGAAUGAUUUACAAAAAAGGCCCAUCUGAACCACACGUUUGUUGAUGCUUCCUCUGGUAUAGACCAACAGAUAUAGAGCAUGGAGCUGUCUGAAUCAUCUCCAUUUCCUUGCUAUUUUAUAUAUCUUUUAUGUUUUCCUUUAUUCAGUUUGCUUUCAAUUAAUGUUAAAUUUCUAAUUCGAUAGUCACUUGUGUUUUAAUAACACUCUGCUUUCCUCCUGCUAUUUUUCAUUACUUUCUUGUGAUAAUCUAGGGUGUAUGCUCCCAUUCUCCGUUUUACCAUUUGGUUUAAUCUUACUGUAUUUACCCUCUUGAAAUGUUUUAUAAUUCUCUGUGGCCUUUCACUAAGUUCACUGUUCUCCAAUGUGUUUGAAUUCAUAAAUAUAAUAUCUCAUUCCUGGUGUCAUUCCAGUAAAUCCUUGCUGUGUUACAUUGAUUCAUGUUUCUAAUGGGUUUGCUCAGACUGUUUGCAAUAUUCCAAACUUGGCCAACCAUCUUUUGCCCAAAUUCAACAUGUUUUGCAGGUUGUGUUGCUUCAAGGUUAAGGGGAAAGUCAGAAUAUAUAAGACAGCCUUGUUUAUUUUUGUACAGUUUUAUUGAAAUGGAUUUUAAAAAUGGAAUCAUUAUUUUAAAA